UUGAUGGUUAACUGGUAAAGCAAAGGAAGAGGAGAAGGAGGAGAACACGAUAAAAACUCGUGAAAAAAAGAAAUAUUCAAUGGAAUUAGAAAAGAAGGUGUGGAAAAGUCAAAGUGAUUAAUAUUUUUUAUGUGUUUACCUUCAUUUCAGCUUACUUUACCAGUUUACCAAGUUUAACCAGCAUUGCGAAUCAUCCACAGGAAAGGUUAGAAAAAGCUUCAAACUUGUUUUACAUUGUGAGUAAUAUCGACUUUUCAAGAGGUGAUUUCAUCAAAAAUGGCGGGCAAAUUUGAUUAUCUACCAGAAAAAUUGAGACAACAAAUUGCUCACACAGCUUUGCAGUUGGUAACUCCAGGGAAAGGUAUUUUGGCAACCGAUGAUUUACCUGAUUCAAUUGAUCAACGAUUUUCCGGACUUGGUAUAGUUCCUGGACAAGAAAGUCGCCGUGUUUAUCGACAAUUAUUAUUCACAGCUCCAGGAAUUGAAAAAUAUGUCAGUGGCGCUAUUCUUUAUGAUGAAACCGCUCAUUUCAAAACCGAUGAUGGAAUACCUUUUCCAGAAUAUCUUCUUUCCAAAGGCAUUUUACCAGGUAUUCAAGCUGAUCGAGGCUUGGUUGAGUUACAUGGUAUUGCUGGUGAAACUUUGACUCAAGGUUUGGACGAUUUACUUGUUCGAAGUCAAAAUUAUUACAGAAUGGGAAUCAGAUUUGCAAAAUGGAGAGCUGCUUUCAAUAUAACCGAGAAUACACCUUCAACUUUAGCAAUUGAAGAAAACGCCAAGACCUUAGCCAGAUAUGCUUUGUUGUCUCAACAAGCUGGUUUGGUCCCAAUUGUUGAACCUGAUGUAUCAAUUCAAGGCACAUUCAACUUGGCUCGAUGUCAGAAAGUUAUGGAAGAGGUUUGGGCAGCCACAUUCAAAGCUCUUAAUGAUCAUCAUGUUCACUUGGAAGCAGUUAUUCUUAAGACUAACAUGGUUUUGCCGGGAAGAGCAUGUAACGAAAAGGUAUCUACUGAAAGAGCUGCAAUCGCAACUGUGUGGGCUUUAUCUCGAACUGUUCCUCCAGCUCUUGCUGGUGUUGGCUUUUUAUCCGGAGGACAGACAGAAGAAGAAAGUUCAGUAAAUUUGAAUGCCAUCAACCAAGCUCCAGGACCCAAGCCAUGGGCUUUAACCUUCUGUUUUGGUAGAGCUCUUCAAGAAAGUGCACAAAAAGUCUGGGCUUCCAACCAAGCAGAUAUUGCAUCUGCUCAGGAUAUUUUCAUCAAAAGAUGCGAGGCAAAUAGCUUGGCAUCUUUGGGUAAAUACGUUCCUGGAUCAAUACCAUCGUUUGCUUAAACAGUUCCGAAUUAAUGGCGUCUAGAUCCAUUUUGUAGCUGAUCUAUUACGGCAUUGAAUAUGCAAUUAAGGUGAUUUGGUUGGUACACACAGGUGUGGUUUGAUUAGUACUGGUUAUUUGACCCCUAUCAUCAAAUAAACUGAAUAUGUAACAUUGAUUAUAAUGAAAUAAAAACACUAACGACUUACUUGGAUUAAAAA